GAUAUAAAGGAAAAGCUCUCGUCCCGUUCGGCACGUUCCCUAGACCUCCGGCUCUUCGUUAAACCCUACGCCUCCUUUCCUCCACCCGUCGGCCAUCCUCCUCCUCCGGCGGCCAUGGCGGCGGAGUUGAAGAAGCUCUCGGAAAGCCGAGACUUGACGCGUAUAGAGCGCAUCGGGGCGCACUCCCACAUCCGAGGCCUUGGCCUCGACUCGUCACUUGAGGCUCGCGCGGUCUCCGAGGGCAUGGUUGGCCAACAACCCGCCCGCAAAGCGGCAGGGCUGAUCCUACAGCUUAUCAAGGAGGGAAAGAUCGCUGGCCGGGCCGUCCUCCUUGCCGGCCAGCCUGGCACGGGCAAGACUGCCAUUGCUAUGGGCCUUGCCAAGUCCCUCGGCGAGGAGACCCCCUUCGCCACCCUCUCUGGUUCGGAGCUCUUUUCCCUCGAGAUGUCCAAGACCGAGGCUCUUACCCAGGCCUUUCGUCGCGCUAUCGGCGUCCGCAUCAAGGAGGAGGCCGAAAUCAUUGAGGGCGAGGUUGUUGAGAUCACCAUUGACCGUCCCGUUGGCGUCGGUGCUUCCGCUUCGGGUUCGUCCUCUUCGGCAUCUGCGGGUGGCAAGACGGGGAAGCUUACGCUGAAGACGACAGAUAUGGAGACGUUGUACGAGCUGGGAGGAAAGAUGAUCGAAGCACUGACCAAGGAGAAGGUCCAGAGCGGGGAUGUGAUUGCGCUGGAUAAGGCUUCGGGUAAAGUGACCAAGCUUGGUCGGUCAAUUGGGCGAUCAAGAGAUUAUGAUGCAGUUGGGCCGCAUACGAAGUUUGUCAGAUGCCCUGAGGGUGAGCUACAGAAGAGGAAGGAGGUCGUGCACUGCGUCACUCUUCAUGAAAUUGAUGUCAUCAAUAGCAGGACACAGGGUUUCCUAGCACUCUUCACAGGAGACACUGGUGAAAUUCGAGCUGAGGUAAGAGAGCAAAUUGAUACAAAAGUAGCAGAAUGGAGGGAAGAAGGAAAAGCUGACAUAGUACCCGGUGUUCUCUUCAUUGAUGAGGUCCAUAUGCUUGACAUUGAAUGCUUCUCCUUCCUCAACCGUGCGCUGGAGAACGAAAUGGCUCCUAUUCUCGUCAUUGCGACGAACCGGGGCAUCACAACCAUCCGCGGCACAAAUUAUCGUUCCCCCCACGGCAUCCCUGCCGAUUUUCUCGAUCGCCUCCUCAUCAUAUCCACCCAACCGUACACCGAAGAGGAGAUCCAUAAAAUUAUCGAAAUUAGAUGCGAUGAGGAAGAAGUGGAAAUGUCCAAGGAUUCAAAGGUGUUGUUGACAAAGAUUGGCACAGAGACCUCUCUGAGAUAUGCAAUCCACUUGAUCACAGUUGCAGCUCUGGCUUGCCAGAAGAGAAGGGGAAAGGUGGUGGAAAUGGAGGAUAUCAGUCGAGUCUAUUCCUUAUUUCUGGACGUGAAGAGAUCAACACAAUAUCUGAUGGAGUUCCAGAGCCAGUACAUGUUCAGUGAAGUUCCUGGAGGGGUUGAUGAAGAAGAUGCCAUGCAUUUGUGAUAUCCAAUACAAUGGUUUUUGUUGGCUUUUAAAGCUAUAGGCUUCAUUCUGUAUGAUUCUUAGUGAGUCUAAAUUAUGAUCAACUUUUUUUAUUUUUAUUUUUGUGCUGAUAUGUGCUAUUUAAAGGUUCAUAGCUGAUGCUAUUAUGUUGUGUUUAUUUAAUGGCUUUAUAGAAGACUUGUGCAACUGAGAUCAUUUUUCUGAGAUUUUGAAAUCUUUGGACUAUUUUCAAAGCUCAUUUUGUA